GGCCGGGGCAUGCCCGGCGCUCCGCAGGCGCCUGCGCGCCCGCCAAAAAGCCCCGAGCAAGGACCCCGCGCUGGCCUUGCUAUGGCGGCCGCCGGCGGGGACGCGGCGCAGGAUGGAUUACAUCCAAGGAAUCUUAUCCCAGAGCUUUGUCGACUGUUUUAUGAUUUAGGCUGGGUAACAGGAACCGGUGGAGGAAUCAGCUUGAAACAUGGGGAUGAAAUCUACAUUGCUCCUUCAGGAGUCCAAAAGGAAAGAAUACAGCCAGAAGAUAUGUUUGUUUGUGACAUGAAUGAACAGGACAUCAGUGGUCCUCCACUGCACAAGAAACUGAAGAAAAGUCAGUGCACACCUCUUUUCAUGAAUGCCUACACCAUGAGAGGGGCAGGCGCAGUGAUCCAUACACAUUCCAAGGCUGCUGUUAUGGCUACCCUUCUUUACCCAGGCAGUGAGUUCUCUAUUACCCAUCAGGAGAUGAUAAAAGGAAUCCAGAAAUGUACUUCAGGAGGCUAUUACAGAUACCACGAUACACUAGUGGUUCCUAUUAUUGAGAAUACACCAGAGGAGAAAGAUCUCAAGGAGAGAAUGGCACGUGCAAUGGAAAAAUACCCAGACUCUUGUGCUGUCUUGGUCAGACGUCAUGGUGUUUAUGUAUGGGGAGAGACAUGGGAAAAAGCCAAAACCAUGUGUGAAUGUUAUGACUACUUGUUUGAUAUCGCAGUUCAGAUGAAGCAGCAUGGGCUAGAUCCUUCAAAACAUCCAGUGGGAGAAAAUGGGAUCUUGUAAAUGUCAACAACAUUUAUAUUCAGGUGUGAAUUUAUCUGCAAGGAUGAUCUGUUUGGAGGGAGAGACUACAGAUGACACCAUCACUUCAGUCUGGUUUCGCACUCAGGAAACUUCAGAAUUGCUCAUCUUCCCCCAGUCUGCUCCCUUACCACUGCAGUUGUAUCUGUGCCUGAAGUAGUGCUCUUUUUCCACAAAAUGCAAUAAAAAAUAUAUGUAUUAAUAGCUAGAUAUGUCCAUUGCAUAUUUAGUACCAAUGUACAGGAUGGAGUGUGAUUUCUUUUUAAAACAAAACAAUAUCAAGCAUUACCAGAAAAGCCAAUGGACUACAAAAGGUCAGGCUUAGGGAGCUGAUCUGUACGGAGAUGUCUGAACACCCACAUUUGUUCUGCUUGCAGGAUCAGGUAUGAUUUCGGACCAUCUCAGUGAUAUUGCUCAUUAUUGGUGGGUUGGCUGGGGGUUUAGGGGGUAAGGUUUUUUCCUUUAACAGACUUGGUUGGUUUCAGUUUCACUGGUAAGUGUCACCUGUUUACCUCAUGAAGGAAACCACACUGACUUUCUGUUUUCUACUGUAGCAAUGAUGAGUUUUGACAGUUUUCACAGAAAAUUCUUAAAAGUUAAAGCCCAUAGAUAACAUGAUGAGAAUGUACAUUACAUGAAGGAUACCUGAAACAAUUUUCACAUAAGUUAUGUACAUCUAGCUAUGGCAAAACAAAGUGGUAGCAUAACAUUUCAGAGUUGAAAAAUACAAAUUUAAAGGUGCCAGUACUGAGAUUACAAAGAAUUUCAUGACCAAAGCAGUGAUGUAAUUAAACAGGAUAGACUAAUGACAAAUGCUUGCUCAGGCAACAUGAGCCCACAACAGACAGGGACUUGGAUCCUCAGCCUUUAUGCCCACCCUAGAGGAGGAAACUGUUGGACAGGAGGUUUGCUGUCAGUGAAUCUCUGCCAUAGCAGGUGUUUAGGGUGCUGCCACUGCCUACAGUAGUGAAGACAUGCUGGCUGCCACUAUUAUGACAAGUUUUAGAAUGUUUCUGCUUUUACUUUGUUUCUCCUGUAAAGGUUUCUUACAUGAUGAUGGCAGUUCCAGCUUUUAUCCCACACUAUUGAAGCCAGAAGGGGGUGCUGAUCCUCAGCUGAUUGACAAAUGUCAGCAGGAACUUUUAGCUGUUAAACGCACCCAAGAAGAGAAGGAGAGUUAAAAAACCCAACUACUGAACAAUCAUUGCAAUUUACAAGUCCUAUCGAAAGCCACAGUAGAAGGAAUGGAAAUUCAGAUGCAAAAACACUUCAUAAAACUUUGGAGAACUAAUGUCACAUUUUGGGUUUGUGCCUUAAAAAUUCAUAUUUCAACAACCUGCAUUUGUGCAUCCUGCUGUAAUGCUGCAUCAUUUAACUUGAAAUUAGUCUCCAUUUCUGAAAGUUAUUAUAGCUUUUAUUCUUCAGAAAAAAAAAGUGAGGCCAACCCCUUAAUUAAAAGUUAAUAAACUUUAGAGCAUUGUUUGAAAUCUUGAUUCCUCCAUACCAUGUUUGUGUUUAUGGAAUUAUUUUCUCUUUUUUUGAACUAAACCUGUAGCAUAUGUAUUUUUAAAUUCUCGUAUUUGUCAUUAUGAUGAAAGGAAAUUUUUUAGCAUGUAUUUUGUAGUUGUUACUGAUUGACUGCUCUGGGUCUUAUAACUUUAAAUUCCUUCACUUCGGAUAACAGCUUUUUAUGACCUCUGCUUAGCCCCCCACCAAGGUAGAUGUAAUCAAACUGCUUAUUAAAAUACAGUCUCACAUAAUUAUGACAUUUAAUGUCUUCUUUCAAAAUCUUCUGGAAUGGUCCCCUGGUGGCAUCUGUGUCAGCCUCGACUGACUGACUUUCUAAUUGAGUACUGAGACCUCAGUCCUGAGGUGAACUGAGACAGGCUAAGUGCCAGCUGACUCUGUUUUCUGCUAGGAGCCAUGCAUUUCCACCACUUCCCCUUCUAUCAUCUCUGGAACUUUGUUUGGUCUUCCAUGAGGUGAAUUAACUCUUUAACCUAAAAUAAAAUUAUUGUGGGAGUGGGGGAAAAAUGUUUCAAUUAUUUCCUACCAAGCCACUGGUAAAAACAUUGAAUCAAUUCAAAGGUGGGUCCAAAGAGAACCAGAGGCGGGGAAAGAGGAGGUGGCUGAUGCCAGAGAUGGCAGAUGUCAGAGAUUGCGGACACCACUUCCCCCUUUUCCUGGGGAUGAUAAUUAAGGUCAGUGUUUUGAGUACUUAGGCAUGUUUGCCCUUCCCUCUUGUACAUAGCUCUGUACCUGCAGUGUGCAACCUUUAACCCUCAGGGGGAUAAAUAACCUUGGUUAUUGUGAAAUAAUGAUUAUCACUAAGGAACUGCAGGUUGUUUGCUAUAUUUUUAUUGAUAUGUUUUUUUCAUUAUUAGACACUUGUUUGUCAGUGGCAAAUACUUUGCAGUGAUUCCAUAUCUUCUGAGUGUAUGUGGACUGCAGUAAGAGCUUGUGUGAAAAUGCUGUUUUUUAGACCACACAGUGACUUUGGACAGGCUGCUUCACUUAAAAUAUCUCUGAAGUUUGUUCAAGACUUGAGAGGUGCCACUGACCUGAAGGGAAAGCAGACUGUAAUUCUCUUAGCUUUUCUUCCCUGUGGACGUACUAAUAAAAAUACUUCAUCAUGUGACAGUUCAAUUAGUCCUGAAAUCUAGUUGCCAUCUAUGUCUUGUGACCUUUAAUUCUUUAUUUAAACUGCCUGAUUUUUGCCAAAAACAACUUUGUGUGAUAUUCUGAUGAUGAUUUCAGAAUAGCUGAUAAUUGUAUCAUUCCAUGAUACUGAUGCUUUAUAAGAAUAAAGAACAUUUUACAUUCAA